AUGAUAGCGUCGACUAUCCUGCUUAGCUGGAAUACUACUGGAAUAACUGUAGCUGGAAAGGUCGCCACUCCGAGUUCAGCUCCUGACCGAUUACACGAACCUUUUGGCCUGGCACUCGAUUCAGCUGACACGUUGUAUAUUGCUGAUCAGAAUAAUAAUCGAAUUCAGAAAUGGUUAUCAGGCGCACCGAAUGGAUCUACGCUUGCCGGACAAGCUAAUGGCGCUUCAGGCGCAUCAGCAACGACUUUGAAUGCACCCUCCAGUGCUGCCAUCGAUACAAAUGGCAAUCUCUACAUUGCAGAUACUAACAAUCAUCGAGUACAAUUUUGGCCGUACAACGUCUCAUCAGGCACAACUGUCGCUGGAACAGGUAAGCAGUUAGUGUUUGGUUUGAGAAUGAAAAUCGGUUAUACGCUCCUAGGCACGAGUGGUUCAUCAAGCAAUCAGCUGGACUCUCCGUAUGACAUUGCACCCAAUCCAGUCUCAAAUGAAUUUUACAUUACUGAUUCUGGAAAUCAUCGAGUAAUGUGUUAUCGUCUGGGCAUAUCAAACGGUACAGUCGUAGCCGGCGGAAAUGGUCCUGGCACGGAUGUCACACAACUGUCGACGCCUUACGGUCUCUAUUUCGAAUCAUCAUCGAACAGUCUGAUAAUCGCCAACUAUGCUGCGAAUAAUAUUGUUCGUUGGGUUUUGGGCACCAAGAACUGGACACUUGUGGCAGGUAGUAUUAGCGGCGCGGGUGGUUACUCGUCAACGUUACUCAAUUUUCCUCGAGAUUUAACACUCGACUGGAUGGGCAAUCUCUAUGUUGCCGACACAGGUAGUCAUCGGAUUCAAUUUUUUAAAGCAGGUGAAUCAAAUGCAACAACAAUUGCUGGUGUAACGAGUACUUCAGGUGCUAACGCAAUUCUCCUUCAGUUUCCAUAUUCAUUAGCACUUGAUUCACAGCUGAAUCUAUACGUAUCAGACACUUACAAUUUUCGAAUUCAAAAAUUUCUUCGCUAUUAA